CACAAUCUGGACUCCGAAGUAAUAAUACAGGUAAAUAAGUUAACAUGAAGUUAGUCUGGGGAAGCUCCUAGACAUGGAUUUGGCACCUCUCAUGGGAUGUCGUCAGUAGCUCCUUGCAUCACCACUGCUGACAAUUGCACCUUGGAAUCCGUUUGCUCUGCUUUUCAUUCAAUACACUGCUUUUUGCUUUCUCUACAUGUUGUUUUGACCUUUGAGCCGUCGCAAUUCUAGCUAUCGGCCGUAUAUCAUAACCGUUACCUGAAAAUGUCAUCCGAAGCGCCCACAGAGUCCGGUCAUGGUGAGCAGGAACCGCUGCUCGGCAGAACCGGAGAUGCCUCACAAGUCGAUGGCAAGCCCUUGGUACAUAAUCUGGUUCUCGGAACCGCCAUUGUAGGACAAUUUGGCAUCUGGAUCCAGGCUGCUAUUGUUUGGUCCGCAGUGUUUUCAAACGAUCUGAUCUUGUUUUCCGCCCAUCCGCUAUUGAAUACUGCCGGCUUGGUGCUACUGACACAAGGAGCCUUGAUCCUGCAGCCGACACAUACCCCAUCUCAGAAGAAGCGAGGAACUUACGUACAUGGCUUUCUCAACAACCUGGGUGUUGAUUGCCUCAUUGCAGGUCUCGUCAUCAUUGAGGUCAACAAGUACAAGAACGGUAUCCCGCAUUUCGAGUCGGCCCAUUCCAUCUUGGGCUUCAUCACAUAUGUCCUCAUGUUUCUCCAGGCGAUCGUCGGGUUCCUCCAAUACUUUACUCCGACGGUAUUCGGAGGUGAGGCGAAAGCCAAGGCUGUCUACAAGUAUCACCGGAUAUCUGGGUAUCUCGUCUUCACGCUAGCUCUUGCUACUGUAUGCGCGGCGACUCAGACGUCCUAUAAUCGGUCGGUGCUCUUUAUUCCGUUGUGGACUGUGAUCGUUGCAUCGGUGAUUACGUUGAUGGGGGUCGUUCCGAGGAUCAAGAAGGAGAAGCUUGGGAUCUCGAGUUGAAAGAUAGGAUGGUAUUUGGCGAUGGAUGGACAGAUGGUACACAUGAGUGAACGAAGACGAUUGCCUUAAUUUCUAACACAGAGGAGAUGGAGCCGAAGGUGAUUAGGGUUUAGAGGGGAGGGUCUUGUACCUGGUCGAAAAUGAAAGGAUCCAUGGAAGAUCUGCAAGCUUCGAAACCGGUAGCAUCUCCGGUUGAUACUCGAGAUAGGAGGUUCUUGGCUUCUUGCGGUACCUAUCACGCUAUCUAGACACGACAUGCGGAGGAUCUGUAUCUCAGAUAGAGAAUGCCAGAACUAGCAUCUAGACUAUUAUAUUCAUUCAUUUCG